AUGGCUGAUAAGCUAUCCGUGAGUGGUAGUGUAACUAAAGUUUAUCAAGCUGCUCGUGACGGUUCUUCUGAUCUGACUAAACUUUUAAAGCGGCUGAAAAAUGAACAAAGAAAAAAAAGCACUUUGGAAGCGAAAACUAAAGAUGGCAGCCAUUUUGUCACUCCUCUCAUCAUCGCUGCUCAUAAUGGACACCUGAAUUCUGUGAAGACUCUUCUGGGAUAUGAAGCAGACAUCGAGGCUCGAGGAACGCUUAAGAUAGAGAACAGUGUUACAGAGGGCUGUACACCUUUAUGUGCCGCUGCUGCUUCUGGUCAUCUUGAUGUUGUGAAACUGUUAAUCGAACGAAAUGCGGAUGUUGACAGCAGAACAUCGACGGGUUCUACUCCUUUGAGGGCUGCUGCCCACGAAGGACACCUUGACAUUGUGAGAUGUUUGGUUGAGAGCGGGGCAGAUGUGAAUGCACGCAAUCAGUAUAAAGGCACCCCUAUAAUGGCAGCGUGUGACUAUGGCCAUUUAAGCAUUAUAUCUUAUCUUAUCAACAAAGGCGCCUUUGUGGAUCUACAAGACACCGAUGGCAAGACUGCACUUUACGGCGCUAUUGAACGGAGCCACUUGGAGGUAGUCAGUCAACUUUUGGCUCUUGGAGCAUCGCAACUGCCAAAUAAUCAAGGUUUAACACCACUUUUUUUGGCCUGUGAUAAAAGUUCCAUUGAAAUCGUCGAGUAUCUUAUCAACAGACCGGAAUGUACAAAGGAACAGAGAAUUGAUGCUCUUGAACUUCUUGGUGCCACCAUUGCUAAUGAUAGUUUUGGUGUCUCUGAGAAAGCGUUUAGUUAUAUGAAACGUGGGAUGGAGGAGAGAUAUGAAGACCUGGCACAUCCAAUGCUUAAAAAGAAAAUGGAACCUGUGGAAGCUUAUCAAAAUAGAAAAGAGAGUCAAACUUUAGAGGAACUUGCUCUGUUAGAAGGUGAUGAUCAUGCCAUCGGCAUGGAAGGACUUAUAAUCAGAGAAAGAAUCCUUGGGCCUGACAAUCCAGCAAAUCUUUACCACAUCAGAUACCGGGCAGCUGUUUUACGUAACUCUGAAGAGUACAAGCUUUGUUUUGGUUUGUGGAAAAGAGCGAUGCAGAAAUCCAUGAACAACGAUGUUUCAAUAAUACAGGAUCUCGAAAGCUACACAUCUACAUUUGUAAAAAUGGUACAAAAAAGAAAACUUCUAAGGCCAAAUUUCAUUGAAGACGCAUUUGAAACACUUGUUACUGCAAGUGAGAAACGCACAGAAAAAUCACAGAAGGGGCAUGGAAACGAGGAGCAAAAAAACACGAUUUAUUAUGCUCUCUAUCUUUUGAUGAUAUACAACAAAGUUAAAGGUCAAAAUGCUAGCAUGACUGACUUUCUUCAAAGAUUCCUGCGCUUAAACGCUCGUACCAGUGAUGGAAAUACUCUACUGCAUCUAUCUGCGUGGCAUGAAACUCCAAUUAAAGAAGACAGUGUGCGAAGAGUGUGCAAGCUUCCCUGUGUUGAGACCAUGAAGCUUAUUUUACAUGCAGGGGGUGAUGUAAAUGCCGUUAACACCGAGGGUAACACACCUCUUCAUCUAGCUGUGAAGUAUAAACCUGCUGAGCCUGAAGAUGUCGAGAUUUUAAGAGAAAUGCUGCUGUUGUUGUUAGAUAUCGGUGCAGAUCCAAAGCUAGAAAACAAAAAUGGUCAAACACCACUCAACAGCUGUGAAACUGACGAGGCUCGUAGGAUCCUGUCCGAGAAAGGAAGACUGAGUGCCAUGAACGUCGACGUCGGAGAUGUAAGUAAUAUUAACAUAUUAUAAUUUUGUAAAAUCAUUCAGUUCUUUGUCACGAAAUGAGAGAGUACUUACUUCCGAGUCAAUAUGUUGUGUUUAUGAAAAUACGCCUCGCUUGUCUGUCCGUCCCUGUCUGAACGCCUGGAACUGGCUGAAAUUCUAAAGUCGUCUCUGUUUGAAUGAAACGAUCCAUUUCAUUGAUAGUGGCAUGUACAGAAGGCUCAUAGAUUAUGCUAUAUGAUAUAAUAAGAAGGGGCACGUGUAGUUUUAAAGUGGCCCAAUUGUUACUCCGGCCAAUUUACUGACUAAGAACUGUUAUGAACCCUUCGAUUGGGUCCGUGCACGGUUCGGCCAACCCUUUUUUUAAAUUUUCUGUUCCAUGUUGAGCAAACAGAAAGAUAUGAAAUUGACAUCUUUUUCGAUUAAUUAGUUUGCAAUGUUACAAGUGUCUAAAUUGCUUUUGCUUUAAAAGCACCUUUUUAUUGAAAUUUUAUAAUAUGACGGCGCCAAAUAAUUUUUGCACUUACAAAUAAUGGUAAAAUCUCCAAAAAUUGCCAAAAUUCCAGAAGUCCUUGUUUUUUUUCUUGAAUCCGUAAAUCUUAUCCCUCCAUAACAAAAAUUACUCAAUAUCUUCUUUUUACUGUUUUAUGCUAUCUUUUUCCAAAAAAAGAUAAACAAAAUUUGACUUCCGUUUUAUCGUUUUUUGUUUUUUCGAAAGAAGAAACACAAAAAACGAAAAACGAAAUUCGACUUCCGUUUUAUCGUUUUUCCAUUUAUGUACAAACAAACACAAAAAAACGAAAAACGAAACAUGACUUCCGUUUUAUCGUUUUUCCUUUUAUGUACGAGAAAACAAAAAAACGGAAAAACAAAAAUCGACUUCCCUUUUAUCUUUUUUCGUUUUUUGUACGAACAAACAUAAAAAACGGAAAAACGACAAAUGACUUCCGUUUUAUCGUUUUUCCUUUUAUGUGCGAGAAAACACAAAAACGGAAAAACAAAAAUCGACUUCCGUUUUAUCUUUUUCUUUUUAUCUACAGACAAACACAUAAAAAGGAAAAACGACAAGUGACUUCCGUUUUAUCGUUUUUCCUUUUAUGUGCGAGAAAACACAAAAACGGAAAAACAAUAAUCGACUUCCGUUUUAUCUUUUUCUUUUUCUCUACAGACAAACACGUAAAACGGAAAAACAAAAAUCGACUUCCCUUUUAUGGUUUCUUGGUUUUUCAAAGAACAGACACAAAAAACGGGAAAACGUAAGCCGACUUCCAUUUUAACGUGUUUCGUUUUAUUAACGACCAAACACCAAAAACGGUAAAAUGAUAAUUGACUUCCCUUUUCGUUGCCACUUAGGCAGCCGACUAUGUUGGUGCGCAUGCGUUACUUGAAACGAAUGCCACUCUUACCGGCUCAGAAUCCGCGAUAGGUCGGUUCCGUAGGACGGGCUGAUCCGUCAGUGAGAGAUCGACAGGCCUCCUGGCAACCACCCGCUAUAAGGCUAACCCAAUCGAUAGUGAAACGCAAAUUUCCUUCCGUAGAUAAGCCUCUCCGAAUAUAAGCCCCUCCAAAAAUAAGCCCCUCAAAAAGGGCCUUUGAAAAAUAUAAGCCCCCGGGCUUAUUUUCGGAAUUUUACAGUAUGCUACGAUAUUACACACUACCUGAAUCUAAUAUUAUGAAGGGGAGCUACAAUCACCUCAGUAAUCGCAGGUGUAACCACAUUAUGAAUAUCAACAUAACGCCGUAUGCCAUUCGUGGCACAAAAUCGCCUGACACUCCUUUCAGAUAGUCCUUUCACUGCUGGAUGCUGUUGUCUUGGAAUAUCAGCUACUUCUUUUGUGUUUUGCCUUGCUCUUCAACAAGCUCCUUCACGUAGCGAGCAGUAACUACGUUUUCCAUCCUCGCCAUUUUUGAAGGACCCGCGAAAAAAGACGCAUACCAGGGUUAUAAAAACUGCUGACCAACAACACCUAGACGAGUUUCCGAAUUGAACCACCAAGAGGGUCUCAAUGGGGUUAACCGAUAGGCGUAAAACGGCCAAAAAUUUAGUCGAUAGCCGUAAAAAUUGAAAAAUUUUAACCGUUAGCCGUAAAUAGGGUAAAAAAGAGUUAAUCGUAAAAGAAAUUGUUAACUAGAUUUGCUACUUUUAAGGAAGGUGCUAAACUCACUUAUGGUUGCGUUUUUUAUUUCGCCGCUAGUGUGACUCCAUACGCACGUUAGGCGAAGCGCCAGUUUAGGUGUUAACCUAGACCUACGCUCCAUUUCCGGCACUCUCUCGGGGAACUAAUUCUUUCCAUAGCGAAAGUGUGACUUCUUGCUGGGAAUUAAUAUUUGCAAUUUUCUGGAGGUCGUGCCCUCGAAACAUUAGUGAAACAACACGCAGAGAUGCCACUGUUUCUAAAACACGUUGCCGAUAAACAACAUUUCCUUGUUUUUCUCUGACGCUACGGUAGACAUUAUGCCUAGUCCCUGUACGGCGUCUUCCCACGCAAUCUCGGUCAAGGCAUUUCGAUGGAGAACUAGCUCGGACCACGUGACCCGAGACGCAUUAGCCGCGCGGAAUAAUGUGGCCUACGGACAAGGCAACACUGGACAAGGGAAUUUUGUUAUUGGCCGUUUUCACACUAAAUCUAGAAAUGGAUCAUCCGUCUGAGACUGGCCUGUGUACAGUCGUGCCCUCCCCACAGACACCGCUUCUCCGAUUUUUUCAAGGGGGAGGAGGCGGCUGUACACAGGCUAUGUGGAACGGAUAAUUCCGUCUUCAAAAGUCAGGCGAAUUGUUCAUUCAAAAUUAAAACUAUUCCAUUUUCAAAUUAAGACGUACUACCUAUCUGACGCGAAUCAUCAAACGGAUAAUCCGUCUCACACGAAUAAUCCUUCUCUAGUGUGAAAACGGCCAUUUCUGUUAUAAUGAAUGUCGCGCCACGGCCUUGAGUUGGGCGUUUGCGUGUCUGCGUUUGCUUUUUCACAAAGAUUACUUUUAAAUUGACUAUUGACAUUUCUACGUGUAAAAUAAUAUUAGAAGUGGAAUACUUUAUAAAAAGUAAGUAAGUAAAGAAUAGUUUAUUUCAUCCCGAGAUGAUCCGAAGACCUUUAUUUUGUUUUAAAGAUACAAAAAAAUACGUGUUAGUUAAUAUUUAACUUUUAGAAACAAAAGAAGUUAAUUUUUAACUUUUUCGUUAACCGUAACUGAAAAAAAUUAACCGAUAGCGGUAAAAGAGGCAAAAUUUUAGCCGAUAACCGUAAAAGCCACCACCCCAUUGAGACCCUCCACCAACCCCCACUCAAACCCCCCCCCCCCCCCCCCCCCCUCGACCCAGCUCUUUGUUCACUUAAAGAGCCAGAGAAAACGAAAAAAAAAUAGAAACGAAAAAUUAGGUUAUAUCCAGCUCUUUUUUACAUUGAUUGGUCGUACUUACAAAGAAAAACGAUAGAACGGAAGUCAGUUUCCGUUUGUAUGUUUUUGUUUGUUUUAGUACAUAAAAGGAAAAACGAUAAAAAGGAAGUCAUUUGUCGUUUUUCCGUUUUUUGUGUUUGUUCGUACAAAAAACGAAAAAAGAUAAAACGGAAGUCGAUUUUUGUUUUUCCGUUUUUUUGUGUUUGUUUAUACAUAAAUGGAAAAACGAUAAAACGGAAGUCAUUUUUUGUUUUUCCUUUUUUUGUGUUUGUUGGUACAUAAAAGGAAAACGAUAAAACGGAAGUCAUUUUUCGUUUUUCCUUUUUAUGUGUUUGUCUGUAGAUAAAAAGAAAAAGAUAAAACGGAAGUCGAUUUUUGUUUUUCCGUUUUUGUGUUUUCUCGUACAUAAAAGGAAAAACGAUAAAACGGAAGUCAUUUGUCGUUUUUCCGUUUUUUGUGUUUGUUCGUACAAAAAACGAAAAAAGAUAAAAGGGAAGUCGAUUUUUGUUUUUCCGUUUUUUGUGUUUGUUUAUACAUAAAUGGAAAAACGAUAAAACGGAAGUCAAAUUUUGUUUAUCUUUUUUUGGAAAAAGAUAGCAUAAAACAGUAAAAAGAAGAUAUUGAGUAAUUUUUGUUAUGGAGGGAUAAGAUUUACGGAUUCAAGAAAAGAAACAAGGACUUCUGGAAGUUUGGCAAUUUUUGGAGAUUUUACCAUUAUUUUUAAGUGCAAAAAUUAUUUGGCGCCGUCAUAUUAUAAAAUUUCAAUAAAAAGGUGCUUUUAAAGCAAAAGCAAUUUAGGCACUUGUAACAUUAUAAACGAAUUAAUCGAAAAAGAUAUCAAUUUCAUAUCUUUCUGUUUGCUCAACAUGGAACCGAAAAUUUAAAAAAAGGGUUGGCCGAACCGUGCACGGACCCGAUUGACGUUUGCGAAAAAGAAUUCACACUGAAUUCAAAGUUUUCCAAAAGAACAAAUUAAACUGAAAAGCGUCAAGUUAUUACUAGCACAUUUUUGUAAAUAUCUUUCGCCUGCGGGGGAAAGGGAGUUUUCCCAAUUUCCUGUUUCAUUUUUUCCCUCGCACCGUCUCUGCCAUUUUUUUUGCCCCCUUCCACUAAACAGAGAGCCUGGGUACCAGGCUACAUAAGUACCGUUUUCGUGACGGAUUUAUGACAGAUCGUGGUUUAGAAGCUGCUAAUAAAAAAAGAAAAACAGUUUAAAUAGUUUAGGAUAUAGUACGAUUAUUGUGCUAAAUUACUUUGGUAUCAUCUGAGGAGGCAUGUCUUGCUCUGUUCUCAAAGGCUGGAAAACUCGGAAGUGGAAAUGAACGAUUUGUUCCUGGAACAGAAAAAGAUGCUAAUGAAAACACGCAAAAGGAGACUGAAACAAAGGAAAAAUCAGGUAUAUAAGAGAAUCUAACUAAGGGAGCAAUUGGUUAAGACGAAUAAUUGUACCCAGGAUCAUUGAGCUCCACUGAUGAGCCGUUUAAGGUGCCAUUUUAGGUGAGGUGAAAAGAGAGAGUGUGUUUUAAACAGAGAGACUGGGGCAUACGGCCCCAUACGGCGGAUCCCUCAUCGUUCAAGACAGUAGAAGAUAUUUGGACUGUUCUCACAGUCAUGGACACAAUACACGUAUGAUUAACAAAAAAUAAACAACAACAAAAACAGUCACACGAAAUGUAAUUUUUGUUUUUAAACGAAAGAAAAAUAAGUCCAGCCCAUGAGUGUAACCAAGAGAACAACAGGAGAGGAGACUGAAAGUAAAAAAUAUUAAACAUUCAAGCAACAUACCAGGUACAUUAUUAUGUUGAGAUCAAAUACUUUGGGUCUAAAAUUAAAAUAAAUCAAUUUAAAUUGAGAGGAAUCCCCCUAAGAAUGAGGCAACUAUAGAAGAUUCAGUCUCUAAGUUUGAUCCUCUCUACACAGUAAUUUUCAAGGAGUUAUAAUAACUCCUUUAGUGGGGCUAAUUUAACUCCUUACAGUGGAGUUAUUUUUUGGGGAGUUAUUUUAACACCAAAAAGGAGUUUAAAGAACUGUUUUUCAGGAGUAAAAGUGACCCCAGAUAUUGAGGAGUUAAAAUAACCCCAAAAAAGGAGUUAUCCUGUACCUAAAAUUUUUACUCCACUUUCAGAGUUAAAUUAACUCCAAAAAGAGUAAAAACAACCCACGUAAGGAGUAAAAAUAACCCCAUUUCGGAGUUAUUUUAACUCCAGACAGGGAGUAAAAAGAACCCUUUUUCAGAAGUAAAAAUGACCCCAAAUUCGGAGUUAUAUUAGGAGUUAAAGCAACCCCCAAAAAGGGGUUAUCCUGUACCUAAAAGUUUUAGUUCACUUUUGGAGUUAUAAUAACUCCCUAAAAAUUACGAUGUAGAUGUUACACUAACGUCACUGAGCGUGAGACCAUAGAAAAUUGUCUCUUUUUCAUGCUGUGAGGCGAAGCAGAAAAUGGCGUUCUUCUAUCUUUAUUUCCUUAAGGACAAUUGAUGGAGUUGAGACAGCAGCUGGAAAAUGUCCAAGAGCAACUAAGUCAGAAAGACGGACAACUGAGGGAAGCGACAAAACAACUGACAAAUGUUCAAGGGCAACUACAGGAGAGAGAUGGAGAAUUGAGGCAGAUGACACAGCAGUUUACAAACGUUCAAGGGCAACUACUGGAGAGAGAUGGAGAAUUGAGACAGAUGACACAACAGUUUACAAAUGUUCAAGGGCAACUACAGGAGAGAGAUGGUGAAUUGAGGCUGAUGACACAACAGUUUACAAAUGUUCAUGGGCAAAUGGGAGAGUUGACGCAACAGUUGACAAAUGCUCAAAGACAGCUACAACAAAAAGAUGAAGAAAAUACCACCAUGGGGGAACAACUGAGGGAAAAAGAACAGGAAGUGAAUGAACUAGAAAUAUCUCUUUUAACAGCUCAAUUAGCGUUAAGGGAAAGUUCACUCCAACAGUUACCUGACUGGGUAAUUUCACGAGAUCAAAUUCAGCUGACAGAGAAAUGCCUUGGUACGGGAGGCUGGGGAAGUGUUGUCGAAGGCAAAUAUUGUGGCUGCACUGUUGCCGUGAAACAGAUUUACAAGGAGCUUCUGAACCUUUCCUCUCAUAACAGAGAAAUGUUUGAGCGGGAAAUGAGCAUUGCUUCGAAAUGCCGCCAUCCUUGUUUGCUGCAAUUCAUCGGAGCAACAAACGAUGAAGGAAGUCCUUUGUUCGUGACAGAGCUCAUGGAAACGAGUUUGCGAAAAUUGCUGGAGCAGCGAUCUCUUUCUACAGUUGAAGUGGCCGUUAUUUCUCUGGAUGUGGCUCGUGCAUUGAAUUACCUGCACCAAAAGAAACCACGCCCCAUCAUCCACCGUGAUAUCAGCAGCGCCAAUGUGUUGCUAUGGCGACAAGCGGACCAAUGGCGAGGCAAAGUGUCGGAUUAUGGUGCUGCUAAUUUCAUGCAACAUACCUUGUCAGUUUGUCCAGGUGCUGCAGUAUACAGUGCUCCUGAAGCACUUACUAACAGUCAGACUGUGAAGGUAUGUCGUCUGCUAAACUUAAUCUUCAAACAAAGAGCCCGUUCACAGGCUAAUUUAGAAUAUUGAAUCCCUGCGAUAUACCGAAGGAGAAAGACCCAAGGGCUAAGAGAUGCAUUUUAUGGCUGUUAAAAAGUAAAACGUUUCCGUUCUGAUUUUGUGAUUUGGGGAUACUUAUUUCUGUCAAAAAGUGUUAUAAAAUGGUAAGGGGGUGGGCCUCUGUGGGAUUAACCCUUAACUCUCUUCCUUAGUAACCACGUUCGACAUAUAUAUCGUCCUGAUGUAUUGUGUGGUAAGUUAGUGACCUUAGGCCUUGAUCGCGUAAUCAUCUAGAAUCAUCAAAUAAUACAUCCUUGAAUAUUGUACUUGGCCUCCACUCUUCGUUUCGCCUCCGAUAAUCGCACAACCUCUGGGCGGACUCGCCGGUACAAAACUUUGCUGAGUAACCCCUCCCCCCCUCCCACCCGAGUAGACAGUCUAGACCAAAGACCGAAGAUGUGAGUAUUUGGGUAAACAGUGAAAGAUUUUAGUGGUCGAGUUCCGGCCUCGAGUGCUGGGUGAAAUAAAGAAUAGUAUAUAAAAGAUCUAUUUGUGGUUUUACAAUAAUCUGAAUCUUCUUUAGGAAUUAGACCUAUGCCCUAGGAUGGAUUACUAACUUUGAAAGUGGUUUGUGUGUACAAAGGAGUCAAAUGAUACAUAAAGUGAUAAGUACUGGUGUGUAACUGAAAGUGUUGUUAUCUAAAUGUAUUUAUAUUUUUAAUUGUUAUCGUCUAUUUUUCGUCUUCAGGUUGAUGUGUACAGUUUUGGUGUUCUCAUCUGCGAGAUUUGCAUCGGGAAACUACCAAAUCCUGACAGGCGUGCCGAGCAAGUCGCCAUGGUGAAAAACAGAGUACUAAGAGCUCUCAUUCGUAGAUGUUUACACGACAAUCCUCAAGACAGGCCUAGUAUGGAAGACGUUAUUGGUGAACUAGAAAAACUAGUUUAA